CAACUUUUGUUUUGUGAAUGAGAUAAAGAAGUUAAACUGUAUACCGAGCAAUGGUUUCGCAACUGUAAGACCUUCUUCGAAUUUACAAAACUUUAGUAUAUUAAGCAACACUACACAAUAAUAAUGAAUAAAUUCGGAGAAGACGCCUUGGUGAAUUCCUUAAAACAAGUUAGUCUUCAAAGACUUCGAACUUUGAAGAUGGAUAUGGAAAAGUUGGCUACUGAUUCACGGAUUACAGACGAAACUGAUUUCUGGAACUUGAUUCACUUUCAUGGAAUUGAACUUGACGACAGACUGCGGGGCGAGCUUCGACAAACUAUUACCGACAACCGAGGUAUUAACAUUGAAACUGCGAUGCGAACGUUGAAGAAUGCGCAAAGGAAAACUGGGCGAGAUAGUGUGGAGGUUCUGAAACAUAUAUCGGAUACAUCAACUAAAGUGGCUCCGGAAAACGUUGGUCUCGUGCCAAUCGCCACAACACCCGUAUUGAACAUCGAAGCUAUACAAGCAACUAAAACAACGAGAAACUACAAGUUGGAUAAAUUCCGAGCAAAGGCUGCCGGUAUCGGGAAACUUAAAACAGUUUUUAAACUCGGUGCCUCGGUUCAACAUCCUGAGAUCAAAAAAGCCGAUGACGUCACUGUGGUGAUGAACAAGAAAAGUGAGGAAGAAAAUGUUUUGAAGAAUGUUGAUGUUGGAAGCAAGGAUACCAAUGAUAAAGAAACAUCAGAUAAAGAAAAAAGCAAACCACUUGUAAGUCUUGAAGAAAAUGAAAAUACGAAACCUAAAGAAGAGAAAACAAUGAAUGACGCAAAAGUUGAUGAACCUGCGGAAGAAAAUAUCAGCUCAACAAAGCCAACCAACAAUACAACAAUAGUAAAACUCGAACAUAAAAACAAACCAAUGAAAAUACAGCAAGACAAGGCAGGUCAUACCAAGGUUCAACCAAAUAAUGAAAAGAAUGCUUCUGUUGAGGAACCUGAGAAACAUAAAAAUAUUGUUCCAAUUGCGACACCAACCCAAAAUGUUGAGGGAAAUAUUAAAUUGGUUCCUUCUAACGAACCAGAAAACACAAUCAGCACGGCAGAUAAUUCAAUUGAAACAUUGAAUGUGAAAGAUGAUGACGUAGUCGAACAUCAACAUCUGCAAUCUUGUUUGAACAAAGAGUUAAAUACAAACACUGUUACAACAACUACUAAUGGCAAGCCUGAUGGCGAAGUUUCGCAACAAACCGGUGAGGAUUGUUGCGCAAAUCCAACCAACCUUGAAUGUAACAAGAACAGGAGUGUUUUGGAUAUUGUAGAAAUUGGCGACAAGGAACGCACUGAACAACAGAUGGAGAAUAAUAUUUUGAAUUCUUUGUGUGCGCAUGAAGACCCACCUAAGGAAGAUGAUAUCAACACACCGACAUCACCAGAUUCCGAAAACAUUGAACAAGAGUUAAUAUGUGAUGAGGAGAAAUGCCGGGAAUCGUUUCAAGCUGUUGGGGACAAUAAUGAAGUCGUUGAUGAAGUAAAAACACCAGGUUCCGCUGAAGACGAACAGCAUGAUGUAUCGCAAAUUGACAACAAAGAAAGAAAUAAAACGAGUCAACAAAUUUUGGAUGAUUCUAUUGAAGGCGAAACAAUUACAAACAUCGCUGAAACAAAACAAGUUGUGGAGAAUCCAAAUGACGAAGUUGCGAAAACUGAUGAAAUAAAGCUUAAUCCAAGCGAGGAAGACCUGGGUGUUUCGCAAGCAGGAGGUUUAAAACUUGGUGAAGAGAGUAAACCAUGCGAUCGCUCUGAUGUGGAUUCUAUCUCAACUCAGUCAUCGUUAGAAGAUAUGGUUGACCUUGAUGAUGACAUGCAAGAUAUAUCAAACGGACAAUGUGAGCAAGUACGAGUAGGGGAAGGGUUUGUUGAACUGUACCCCGGGAAGUUGUUUGGUAAAGAUGAGAUUUCCAUCCACGCAAGGCAUACCAAGUCCCAACUUACUAUGGAAUGGGUGUAUGGUUGCAACGUUAGUCAUGAUCAGUCGCUUGCGGUUGUUGAACCAAACGAACUUGUUUAUUACACUGGAAGUAUUGUCAUACUUUACAACCAUCAACGAAAAACACAGCGGCAUUAUUGUGAACAUACUGGAGAAAUUACGAGUAUCGCUGUACAUCCUACUGCUGGGCAAAUUGGAUCGGCACAAACCGAGAACAAAGUUUGGGAACGAUCCAGCUCAUCAAACGAAGACUUUUCCUCCGGGAAAACUCACAUUAGAAUAUGGGAUGUUAUUACUUUAGAAACUUUACACGUGAUUGGAGUUGGAACAAUUCGCAACAAUGUACAAAGAAUGCAAUUCCUAAACUUGCCUGGAUAUUUUGUUGUUUUGGAAAACAAUGAACAAGCUACUCUAACGGUGUGGGAUGGUGGGUGUAUGGUGACAAGUAUGGACACAAUUAACGCAAUAAAACCAAACACGGAUGUUGCAAUAAAUGAAGGACAACCUGAGAUAGAACCACCAUCUUCAAAAUCGUCAGGUACUUCGGCCGGUAUAAGAUCCAUCACUGCAAGCUUGACCGCGGAUGGAGGUUUUGUUACAGCGGGAAAACAAAAUAUUUUAUUUUGGAAUGUUUCCAAUGAUUUCAGCGCGAUAGAUGAUAAUAUGGAACCGACAAUAUCUGGACCUGUGGAGGGCGAUUUCGGGAAAAACUUUUUCCGAGCUGAGUAUUUGACUUGUUGUCAAGCCACCACACGAUUUUUGAAUGGUAGUAUUGUAACGGGGGAUUCUAACGGAACUUUACUUGUGUGGUCGGAGGAAAACAAAGUUGCAACGAAGGGUUUUUCGCACGCCCAUGAAUGCCAUCUUUCUGCUGUGUGCGUCAACAACGAUGGUUUAAUAUUCACAGCUGGUUCACGUGACCGGCUGGUUAAAGCUUUCAACGCUCGCAAGUCUAAACUGGAAUGUUGGGGUUCGAUUGAGAUACCUACAAGAGCAGGGUCUGCAAACGCUCUUGCCUUCGUUGAUGAUUAUCUUUUUGUGGCAACCGAGUAUCAAUUCAUAUUAUCCGUUCAUGUGAACUGCAGUCAAAGACCUGUGUUUAAAGUGGUUAACGAUGUAUCAGCAAGCCAGGCAAAAGCAUCAACCCAUAGGUACGGGCUUCGAAUCCCGGUUGCGAUGUCAAACUUAAGAAAUCAAUCACAACUAACAACAGAUGAAAGCGGAACAUCCACGGAUUCAAGUUGGGAGGAAUUAGAAGCAGCAAGAGGGUUUGAAAGUGGUGUCACGUGUGUUGGUUCAAUGGCCUGUAUGAGGGUAAAACACAGCAGGCGGAAAAAAGUUGCAUCAUCCGAAGUGGAACAAUCGAAACCAUGUCAUCCAGAAACCCAAGUUAGUUUCACAACAAUGAAAGAAAGCAAGCGCGCCGGAGUUGGCCAGUAUUCCUACGACCGUGGGAAAACCCCUAAACAAAGAAAGCAUUACGCAUGGCAGAAAGAUAAAUCUCGUGCAAGUAUUUUGUUUGAAUCAAAACACAACAGCCUUCCUACAACUCCCCGCUUGUGGGCGCACGAGAGAAUUUUACAAAAGGAGAAAAGUAAGAAGGAGGAAUUAACAAAACGACUUUGUCCACCAUUUGCAUCAAGCAACCAUGUUUAUCACCACCAUGUUUUUAUCGAGAAAAAUAGAAUAUGUGGUGACGUCAUCGUGACGUCAUCCACAAAUGGCUGGUUAUUCUUACUAAGUUCAACAGAACGCAGCGUCGUAGGGCGAUGUAAAUUACCUACAGCUGGUGACGUCAUAUCACUAGAUUGCUGCAGUAGAAGGAACCUUGUAGUGGUUGGUACCGACACCGGCUCUGUGGUAGUUGUUCGUGUGAAUCUCAAUGAUUUCGAGAUUUACCCUCAAACCAAAUACAAAUGCUUACGCGGGGGAAACCCCUCUAUUGUUAGCGUUAAAUUCUCACCAAGCGGGAGGAAAAUAGCGGUUUCUGUUGGCUAUGAUGUUGUUAUCUUGUCUGUUCGAAGAGAUUCCGUUUCGGAAUUUGGAAGAUGUGUUGGACAUCAGAACUCCAAUAUCUCUGGUGUGGAUUGGUCAAGAAAGAAACAUUCCAACAAUUAUUACUUACGAUCGUCGUCUUUACUACCAAGUAAUUGCAAAGUAGAAUAUUGUUAAUUAUUGUUUUUAUUAUUUUACAAUUACCAUUUAGUUUGUUUAAAAUAAUGACAUCUAAAUAUGGUUAAAUCUGUUGAAAAGUGCGUUUAGCACCACGAAUUUAUUUGACACUUUUACUCAAGUAGCUUUUACC